AUGCUCCGCGGGAUUAAAUCUGGGACCUUCUGCACUCAAGGCAGGCGCUCUGCCACUCAGCUGCAGCCCUUCCCCAAGCAGAAAGGCGGGAGGAGCCCUCUGCAGAGAGCCAGCAGGGAGCCAUGCCGGGCAGCGGGGGUGCUGGCAGGGGGGAAGGCGUCCGGGCAGCCCUCCAGGAGGAAGACGAGGAGGAGGAGGUCCCAAGCUUGGGGUCCUUGGAGCAAGCCCCCCCCAGAAAGCACCGCGCUCGGGCACUGCCAGGUGCCCGCACCACCUCAGUACGGUGUGAGUUACCGUUGUCUCCUGCGGCAGAACCAAGUCCUACUUACAGCGCUGGAGGAGCUGCAGUCCCGCUGUGCCACCCUGAAGAAGGAGAACAGCCUGCUGCACAAGAGCUGCUUCCCAGAGACUCAGGAGAAAGUGAGGCACCUGAAGAGGAAAAAUGCUGAGCUGGCUGUCAUCGCUAAGCGCCUGGAGGAAAGGGCACGGAAGCUCCAGGAAGCCAACCUCAAAGUAGUCAACACCCCGGUUGCGGUGAAGGGCUCCUGUGCGGGACUCUGCAAGAAAGCACUGGCCCGCCAGCGGGCUAUGGACCUGCGCGAGCAAGCCAGUGUGCUGCUGGCAAAGGACAAGCAGAUCAACGCCCUGCAGCAGGAAUGCCAAGACCUGCAGGCCAAAAUCACGUCGGGAAAGGAAGCUUCUUCUCCUUCCCUCCCCCUCCUGGACUUCCGCCACCUGCUCCGAGAGUCGCAGAAGGAGGUGCUGCGUCUACAGAGGCAGAUCGCCCUGAAGAAUUUCAAGGCAUCCCUGGGCUCUCACAGCCAGGGAUCAGGGGACCCUUCCUUGGCAUCAGUAAUGGGCAUGGGGUCCCCUGCACCAGCCCUGCCGGCCUACUCAAAUGGCUUUUCUCCUUCAAGGGUUUCACGGCAGCGAAAUGUGCUAUCCUCUGCAGUGGAGGCAGUGAGAAAGGGCCGGGAUGUCCCACUGCCGGCGGAGGGGUGGAAGGAAACGCGGAUGCCCACCCUCCCGCUUGCUGCCUCCCGAGAGCGGCUCCUCCUCCCCCUCCCUUGGCGGCGAAGUGGUUUAGCCCAGCCGACCAAUCCGCCCAGCCGAGGCCGAGCCGGCGCGGAGCUGUCCGUGGUGCUGAAAUUGGGAGCAGCAGCUACCAAGGGCUUUGCUCGCCUUUGA